AUGUCUCUUGCCUUCACAAAUCAACCGCCCGAAUCGAGGGUCCCCUACGCCAUCCCUCAAUUGGAAGGCGAGCGCAUUACUAUCCCGGGUAGCAAGGGAACAUUCCGCAUUCUUGCAUCGUCCAAGCAGACAAAUGGAUUGAUGGCGGUUUUUCAAAGCGGCGCUGUCCUGUCUGAUGCGCCGGGAUUCCACUACCAUAACCAUGCUCACGACGUCUUUCUGGUAACGAAGGGAUAUUUGAAAUUGUGGAACGGGGAUAAGUGUCGGAUCAUGGGACCGGGCGACUUCGCAUACGUGCCUCCUAAAGUGAUUCACAACCCCGAGAUGCUGGGCCCCCAUACUGAGAUCUAUGGCCUGAUCACCCCCGGCGACUGGGUAGAUUUCUUCCGCUAUGUCUCGGAACCCUACGAGGGGAUCCUCGUCCCCGAAGACGACAACCGCGACCUAAAAUCCAUCCUCAUUCCCAAAGUCAUGGCCGCAAAGGAGAAGUUUGAUGUCGUCUUCCAGCCCAACUACCAACCUCCCGAGGUGGGCGAAUUCACCAAGGAUGAUGAGAAGAUCCCAGAUGGUCAGGAGCCAUACUACCUGCGCUCUAACACGGGCCCGAGAUGGAUGCUGGGUGGUGUAAUGUCUAGACCUUUCAUCACCACGAAACAAAGCAAUGGCGUCUGCGCGAUCUCGAGCAUUGAGUCGUCCAAGGAGUACAGUGAGGGUUUAUUUUCCAAGUACAUGACCUUCAAGUCAGUGGAUCACUGUUUCUGUGUGCUGGAGGGUACUUUGACCGUUCGUCUCAAGAACUCUGCCGACGCGGUAUUCCGUGAGGGAGAGACGGUGGUGGUUCCCGCUGGUCAGGCGUUUGCCCUGCGAUUUGACAGCAAGUAUGUGCGGGUGUACUCGUUUACUGAUGGUGAUGGUAUUGAGUCGCUGGUGCACCGGCUCGGAAAGCCAUUCGAGGGAUUCAUUCUGCCUGACAAGGAGCCCGAAUGGGACGACAGCCAAGUGGAGGCUGUGGCCACAGAGCUCAAUGUGGAAAUUGAACUCUAUAUAAUCGACCUUGAGAAGAAAGUCGAAGAGCUAACGGCAAAGCUGCGUGUGGCCGAGUCGGAGCUCGCCUCUAACCAUUCUCCUCAACCGCAAAAAGUGGUGACAGGCUCGGAACCCAGACCAGCUCCGCGGGCAAGCAUCGAUGCGACACCAUCGUCUCUGCCACCAAACGGAACCACUCCAAGGGACGCUCCACCGUUGCCCUAUGGCCCCCAGGAGGAAUCAGGCGACACUAUCGAACACGAGAUCAGCGAGCUGAAUCACCACACCAACGGGAUCGAAUUCCACGGCAGUACCUCGUCAGCGGCACUGAUAGGACAUCUUCAGCGGGCUCGGGAGAAGAACCGCGUCGAAGAACGAUGGGAUUCCCGCGCCCACGAGGCCGGGUUUUCGCUGAUCUCGACGCUGCAUAAUUCCAGUUUCUCGCCUUCGUGCACAGCUGGUUCUGCGCAGCCGACGACGUUCCAGGAUCAUAAUUAUUACUUUGAGCAUGCGCACGCGUUCAUCAAUGGGUACUUUGAGAAUAUCCAUUUCAUCCAUCCGUUGAUCGACAAGGAGGAUUUCAAUGCCCGCGCGCAUGAUCUGUGGUUCAAUAGGGCGCACCAGCCGGAGCCGAGUUUUGUGGCGUUGUACCUCAGUGUACUUUCGUUCGGAGCUUUGGUCCGUGUUUGGGAUGAGGGGAAGCUAGGGGGACUGACGCGGUUUGAAUGGAGUCGGAAGCUGUUCAGUGAAGCGCAGAUGUACCUGAAUCACCUGCACUUUUCUAAUAACCUGGACACAGUUCAGUGUUUAUAUCUGAUGGCAAAAAUAUGCCAAAAUGAGCUAAAUCCGAACUUGGCUUAUAUGUAUCUGGGUCUCGCUGUACGUACUUGCUUGGCUGUUGGUUUCAACCGCGAAGUACGCAAUCCGAAGGACCAACAACGUUCGGGCUGGAUCUCGAAGACGUGGUGGGGCAUAUUCUCUCUCGAAAUUGAAAUGAGUUUCUCCGUCGGACGUCCCGACACCCUAGGCAUGGACGAAUAUCACAACCGCGCGCUCCCAGAACGUGACGACUCCGAAUACGCCAUCAUCCCGUGGAUGGUGGACUUCGCUCAGAUCAUCCGGCGGGUAUCCGUGCAGAUCUACCACUCGCGCAUCACCCUGCAGGAAAAGCUGCAAGUCGCCUUACACAUCGAGACAGAACUUGACAAAUGGAUGGCCCGGCUGCCGGACCGGAUCAAGCCGGAUAUCCAGGGUCACCAGCCAUCAAGCGGCGCAUUGCGAGACCCCAAAUGGGCGCGCAGACAGCGGCUGGUUCUGGGGAUUCGAUACUACAACGUGAAGAUGCUCCUAUUCCGCCCGUUUCUGAGCUAUUUCACUCGCAAGCUGCGACACACACCCACGGAGCUGGAAGAAACCAUCACGAAAUGCCUCGACGCCGCGAUGAAGACAAUCGAGGUCAUAUACGACAUCUUCCGCAUCCACACCUUCUUCCGCUGCUGGUGGUACAACACAACCUACGUCAUGUUCGCGACAUCGACCCUCCUCCUCCCCAUGUCCAAACUGGGCCUGUGCGACGAGACAAUCCCGCUCCUACGCUCUGUCGAAAUGGCCGUCGAGAUCCUAGAAGCGAUGGACGAGUCCGUCGUCGCGAAAAAGUCCGUCGAGAUCAUCAAGCACUACCUGAAGGACUUCCGGAGCUCGGAACCCCAGCCCGCCCCGACGAGUUAUGAUGGCGAUGAUGCCAGCAUCCAGGCUAAUGCGGUGCAUCAACUGCCGCAGCAGCAGCAGCAGCCCGGCUUUGAUAUUCCGGAGUGGGCCUACGGCUUCGGAUUUCCCGAUUACUCGUUUGAAGGGAUUGCGAGGUUGUUUGAUGAUUUGGAUGGGCUUCCGAUGUUGGAUGGCUGA